AUGGCCGGCGUUGAGAGGCAAACACUAGGCCAGGAACAUGGAACACAGAGCCUCAGAAAUCAUCCAGAAACAAUACCGGGACUGAUGGGAGAACAAAGUUUAAUACAUAUUAAUAUCAAUGGUGUGGAAACAACUGCCUUAUUGGAUACUGGUGCCACAGUGUGUACCAUCAACACAGAUUUUUAUGAGACUUACUUGCGUGAUCUACAAAUAUUACCUCUAGAUGAUAUACUUAAGAUCAGAUGUGCUGAUGGUGGAGUUAUGCCAUAUCUAGGAUAUGUGAAAGUUAACAUCAAAACAACAGAUAUAGAUGCGACAACAGACCAUGAAUGUUUGAUGUUGGUAGUUCCAACAACAGAAUAUAGUCAGAAAGUUCCUGCGAUAAUAGGCACAAAUUUUAUUCAAAGUAUGAUGGCAUCUGUACAGGAACAAAGAGGAAACAGAUUUUUACAGCAAACCAGAAUGACAACACCCUGGUAUUUAGCAUUCCGAUGUAUAGCCAUUAGGGAAAAAGAACUAAAUCGCAACAGACAUAGACUGGGUAUAGUAAAAUCAGCUGAAGAAUACAGUAUCUUCAUUCCACCAAAUAAGGAAGUUAAAAUAUCUGGAUACAUAGAUCAUCAAAUACCAUACCAUCCUGUUUGUGCCAUAUUACAAGCAACUAAUGGAUCUGUGAUACCAGAUGACCUUGACAUCACACCAUCUUUAGUUCAAUACAAAUACCAAGAUAGUAAUCUAGUGGAAGUCAACAUUAGUAAUGUGACAACAAGAACUGUUAGGAUUCCACCUAGAGGACUUUUAUGUGAACUACAACCAGUGAUGAUCGAGGAAGUACAAGCCAGUGCUGAUGCACUCACCGAAGUAUCCCCACCAGACAAAAUAAUGGAUUCACUAAAAAUCUCUAAUAAAUUCCUGUCCCAUGAUCAACUUCAAGAAUCCUACAAAGUAUUAAAGAACAACAAAGACAUAUUUUCAACAAGUGAAAGUGACAUAGGCCAUAGUAUCAGAGUUCAGCAUAAGAUACAUCUGAAUGACGAGACACCGUUCAAACAGAAGCACAGACGUAUUCCUCCAUCAAUGUUUCAAGAAGUUCGUAACCAUCUACAACAGUUACUGACAGCUGGAAUCAUAAGACGGUCAGAAUCACCAUGGACCAGCAACGUAGUAUUAUGUAGAAAGAAGAACGGAGAGUUACGUAUGUGUGUAGAUUAUAGACAACUUAACUCCAGGACUGUAAGAGAUGCCUAUGCACUACCAAGAAUUGAAGAAAUAUUGGAUUCAUUAGGAGGCAAUACAUAUUUUUCAGUCCUAGACAUGAAGAGUGCAUACCAUCAAGUUGAGGUUAAAGAAGAUCAUAAGCAGAGAACAGCGUUUACCGUGGGGCCACUUGGAUUUUUUUAA